AUGAAUAAUAUUAUUAAUCCCAAAUGGACUACUCUAUACAAAAAGAUACAAAUAUUCUCAGAAGAAUAUACUAUAAUAGUUCCUAAUAUCAGUCAACUCUUAAUACAAGACAUCAGAAUGAUUCAUUCUCUUUUAAUCGAUCUCCAUAAAGUUUUAUCUAUAGUAGCCAAAUUGAAUGAAAAAGCUAUAUUUGAUUCAUUAUUAGAACAUCCUUGCAAUACUAUUAUACUGGACAGAUAUAUAAACAAUAACAGUUUUGAUAAAGAACUCCUUACGGAUCCUAAGAAUAUUCAAAAUGAAACAGCAAGACACUUUCAAAGAGUAGUUGAAUCAUAA